CUGAUGGGAACGGCCGCAGUCGGCGGAGCUAUCGACGCCCGUCUGCCGCUGUUGCCACCUCAGACCACUGAGCGGGCGACAGGCGUGAUGGCGGGUUCACUGCGCUGGCUGACCGUCCUGGCCCUCCUGGGGGCCGUGUGGGCCACCUGUCCGAAUGUGAACUGGCUGGUCAUCGACAGCAAGUGCUACUUGCCGCUGUCGGUGCCGCCCUUCUCUGAGGCCAUGGAGCAGGACGCACGCGCCAUGUGCAAGCACAUUCAUCCGACCUCGAUGCUGCCCGAGAUUUACGAUAGUGAUGAUCUACUGGUGGUUGAGGAGCUGAGCCAAGGUCUGAGCACGUGGCUGGGUCUGUACCGCUCGGACUCGUACGGCACCUGGCGCUGGAGGUCGUCGUCCAGCAGUCUCAGCUACACCCACUGGGCCGAGGGGCAGCCCAACAACACCCACUCGUGCGCCGUGCAGCUCAAGAACGGCUACUGGGAGACGGCUAGCUGCAACACCACCUCCGUCAAACACCACGUCAUCUGCUACGUCAACUCCGGCUACUAGCCGAAUGGUGUCGUGGCACCCACAGGACAUCGGCCAGUGGUCACAUCAGCUAAUCGUUUGAAAUGAAUGUAAAUGUUCAUUGUUCAUGGAAUUUUCAUCUAAAGGCGUCUUAUCUUUCCAAACGCGGUAACAAAGGGAAUCGAGGAUUGGUCGGUGUGAUGCCCAACCCAUCCCUUUGUCAACCCAGAGCCCAUGUCCGAUUCGCUCGACGGCACUCGUUCAGUGUUCUGUGGGUUCUGUUCAGUUGACAAUGUAUACGUCUGUGCCGGUGAUGAUUUCAACUCAGUAACAUCGUUUCGAUCGGAA